AUGGUUUCUGCUUCCGGCACCAGCGCCAACCUGUCCAGAAGAGAUGGCUGCUUUGAACCAUGGCCUGAAGAAGCAGUGGACAACUCCCAUGGACUGUACUCACUCCACCGCAUGUUUGACAUAGUUGGAGCACACCUUACACAUCGGGAUGUUAGGGUACUGUCUUUCCUGUUUGUGGACGUGAUUGAUGAGUAUGAGCGUGGGGGAAUCAGGAAUGGAAGGGAUUUCCUGCUGGCCCUAGAGCGCCAGGGCCGCUGUGAUGAGACCAACUUCAGACAUGUUCUCCAGCUUCUAAGGAUUAUCACUCGCCAUGACCUGUUGCCUUACGUCACACUCAGGAAACGGCAGGCUGUGUGUCCAGACCCUGUUGACAAGUACCUGGAAGAGACAUCCGUGCGCUACAUUUCACCAAGAGGAACAGUGCAGAGCAAGGACUCAACGCCUCACAGAAGAACAGGAGCCCACGUUGGCCCUACCAGAACAAAGCCAGCUCCUCCUGUACCAAAACGCAAACGAAAGAGAUGUCACUCCUCAGCUGACUGCAGAGAGAAGCAAACAUGUGAUAUUCGCCUCCGGGUUCGUGCCGAAUACUGCCAACAUGAGUCUGCACUUCAGGGCAAUGUAUUCUCAAAUAAGCAAGAGGCAGUGGAGCGACAGUUUGAGCGUUUUAACCAAGCCAACACCAUCCUCAAAUCUCGAGACUUGGGAUCCAUCAUCUGUGAUAUUAAGUUCUCUGAGCUCACCUACUUGGAUGCCUUCUGGAGGGACUACAUCAAUGGAUCAUUGCUAGAGGCUCUUAAAGGGGUCUUUAUCACAGAUUCCCUUAAACAAGCUGUGGGUCAUGAGGCUAUAAAACUGUUGGUCAAUGUUGACGAGGAGGACUAUCAAGCCGGGCGACGCAAACUGCUGCGCAAUUUGAUCACAAGUGGAGGAAGCCCACCUGGAAGUAGCAAAGAUUCUGCAUCUUAGACACUCUCCAUGUGGCUACAUAUGGAUGGAACACUGCUGUGCCUCCCCCACAAGGAAUAGAGUGAUAUGUGGUGGUGUCAUUUGAGGUGCCUGAAAGGACCUGGAGAACCUCCAGCCACCUCAUUGAUUCCUUAAGAGCUAAGCGUAUAGGACAUCUACUUGGGACCCCUAGGCAUAGCAUGUGAGGUCACUGGCAACUAAGUUAAUGAAAAAAAAGUAGGCAAUGCAUACAGGUUGGCUGUAUUUUGAAUGUUAAGCUGUUAACUUUCUUUAAGGAGGGGAAUGCUGAUCUGAUGUGCAUUGACAAACUAAUUUCUUGUUUCUGAUAUGUUAGCUCCAACACAUUUGUUACCUCUAAUGAUAUACUUCAAUCCUGAUUUUAAAAAAAGUGGACUGAAGCAUGUUUCUGUAUUGAAAAUACAGAAACAUGUUUACACGGACAUGUUACUCCCAGUGGGAGUUGGACCUUAUUGUCAAAUUGAUUACCCCCCCACCCCCCCGAUUUUUCAGGUGCAGCACAGAUUAAUUGGAUUAACCCGGUGAGAGUGUUCCCUGUUAUAGAAAGGCACAGACUGUAGUUCAGUUAUAAUUUGUCUGUUUCUGUCAGUGUACUUUUCCAAGACUUUGCAAAGUUUCCUUGGCUGUAAAAAUGAACCCUUUCAGAGCCUUUUCAAUUGGCUCAAAUCUGGUCACUUUUAGUUGGUCACAGUGUGUUUUUUGCUUUCUUUUAACAAAUUCUUUCACAGCUCAUGACCAGCAGGUGUGAUUCUGGUUUAAUUUUAUAUUAAUAUUGUCUGGUCAGUUCCAUUUACUUUAGACUUUGUAGAUUUUUCUCAUGUGUUUAAUUAUAUGGAAUGAAAAACUGAGUCAUUGACUGGUGCUUUUGAUUUGUU